UCGCUGAUAUAUCUACAAGAGACUUCAAACAAUGUCAUCGAGAGGGAGGGAUAAAGUGCAGCGCCUCGGAGGAGGAUGGAGGGGGGUUUUCCUGCUUCCGGCUGUCAACUGUAGAGCUUGGUCAGAGCUCGGUAGAGUAGCGGUAACGCCUGGCUGUCGUCAGCCUUCUCGUGUUUGUUGCCAGCUGUAUUCCUAGGUACUCGUUGCCGAGAUUACAUGAUUUAAGCAGAGUGCUGGACAUUUAAAUUUGAGUUACUAGUGUCAAAAUGGCUUGGCGUUUCAAAGCUUCCAAAUACAAAAAUGCAGCGCCGAUUGUGCCCAAACCGGAGGCUUGUAUUCGGGAUAUCUCCGUGGGAUCGUACCAGACUUAUGGAAAUAACAUAACAGCAUCCGCAGCGUUCAUGGCAUUCAAUGUUGAUCAUAAUGGAUCCAGUUUAGCAGUAUUACCAUUAGAGGAUUGUGGCAGAAAGAGCAAGACUAUGCCGUUGCUUCAUGCUCAUGCAGAUACCGUAACAGAUAUGGAUUUUUCUCCAUUUCAUGACGGCUUGCUUGCAACUGGUUCUCAGGAUUGUCUCGUAAAGUUGUGGCACAUCCCAGAAAGUGGCUUAGAAGAAUCCUUGUGCAAUCCAGAAUGUACAUUCUCACAUCGCCAACGAAGAGUAGAAGCAGUAUGCUGGCAUCCUUCUGCCGAACAUCUUCUAACCACUGCGUCAUUCACCAAUCUGUCACUCUGGGACGUUCUUUCGCAACAGGAACUGUUCUCUAAUAGUGACCAUACCGAAGUAAUCCAAUCUGUGAGUUGGAAGGAAGAUGGUACCGUUUUAGCGACGUCUUGCAAGGACAAACAAAUGAGGAUUAUAGAUCCGCGUGCAUCUUCAUGCGUCAUUAAUUCAUGUUCGAGUCAUCAAAGUAUUAAAGAUUCCAGAGUAGUUUGGCUAAACAGUGACAGAAUACUCACCACAGGAUUUGACGCGGCGAGACUUCGUCAGGUUUACAUUAGGGACUUAAGGCAUUUAAACGAGCCGGUGAAAACAUUGGAAUUAGAUUGCAGUACUGGUAUUCUGAUGCCGCUUUUUGAUUCCGACACGAAUAUGCUUUUCCUUGCUGGGAAAGGAGAUACUACUAUUAUAUACAUGGAAGUUAUGGAUAAAGAUCCAUAUCUAGUAGAAGGGAUUCGUCACAGUGGUGAACAAACUAAAGGAGUAUGCUUGGUUCCUAAACGAGCAUUAAAUGUAAUGCAGGCUGAAGUUAAUAGACUCUUACAACUCACUUCCAAUAUGGUGAUCCCGAUCAUGUAUCAAGUGCCACGAAAGACAUACAGAGACUUUCACGCAGACAUUUAUCCAGACACGUCUGGUCCCAUUGCUCAAAAUAAUGCAACAGCAUGGAUUAAGGGUUAUAAUAUGCCUGUCCCAAAAAUAUCGCUAGAUCCUGCUAAAAGAAACAAAGGCGAAGAACUGAUUACUGUACACAAAGGGAACUUAGCGGUGCUCAAAGACAAUCAACGCGAAAUUAAAGUAGAACAAACGAACAACCGGCCGCCAAAACCCUUGGUCAUUACCGCGCCGAAGGGAUUCAUGAAAGCGCCGAGCAACGUGAACGAAAAUGACAGCAAUAUAGAGAACGACACUGAGAAACUCGAUGACACGAAAAAACCCGAAAAACCUGAGGUAGAAGAAGACAAAACCAAGAUACAGAAUGGACAAACCGUUCCACCGAAACCUUUACCGAGAGCAUCAAGAACCAACAGUAUCUCCGAGGAGGAACCAAAACCGGUGGCACGUCCUCGUACAUCGCCAAAUCCUGGAUCAGUAGUUACAUCAGUGAAUCCUAAUGCGAUUGGCGGAUAUAAGCCCCGACUCGGUCCUAAACCGUUCCAGGCAAAGUCGAGUAGCCAGGAGUUCUCGUUUGAUAAAGUUUUCUCAGUACCAAUUGCACCUAAUAAUGACAACAAUACGAAUGGUUAUCAGAAUGAAAUUAAUAACGCUAUAGAGCAUAAUACAGAAACAGACAAAUCGCCAACUUUAAUACCGAAUGAUCGCACGAAAGACACGGAAAAUGGCAAGAGUGACUCGAGUUCUAUCGAGGAAGAUGCUAAUUCGAGCGAUUCUGGUUACAAGCCGAAGACACCGAGUACUGCGGAAAGACGCAAGGUAUUCGAGACAAAAGUGAAAGAUGAAUCGCCCGAGAACGAGGAUGCUGGGAAUUUUGAACGCGGCGGCAUGAACAGAAACUCAAUUGCUGAAAGGCGGCGUCUUUAUGAAAGUCGAUCUGUGUCCGUCACUGAUGGAAAUCUAGCAGAGAAAGCGAUGGGUUCGCCAACUAUGCUGAGACGAAGGGAUUCCUUCAAGGCAAAAAGCGAAGUGAUUAAAGAAGACGAAACGAAGAAGACUAUCCCUAUGUUACGACAGCAGAGCAUGGAUCCUAAAUUGGAAAAAGUGGAGCCUGUUGUUACGCCAGCAUCAAAAAGAACAUCAACAGUUUUUGGAAGAGUAUCCAAAUUCCGGCACUUGAAAGGUACUCCGGGACACAAAUCUACGCAUAUUGAAAAUAUACGCAAUAUCAGUCGCCAGAUAUCCGGUGAAUGCGAUGGUUUUCAUGCUAAUCCCGAUCGAGUGGCAGUACCUUUGAGUGGUCCAGGUGGAAAGAUAGCGGUACUGGAAUUGAAAAAGACUGGAAGACUGCCGGAUGGUGUUAUGCCAGCUUUAGUUCACGGUGCGACUGUGAUGGACUUUCAAUGGGAUCCAUUUGAUAAUCAACGAUUAGCAGUUGCUUGCGAUGAUGGAAUAAUUCGUUUGUGGGAAAUACCGGAGUCUGGUUUAGCAGAACCAACAAACGAACCGAAACACACCAUAGAAGCUCACACUGACAAGAUUUAUCUGAUUAAAUUUCAUCCACUGGCGGCAAAUGUUCUCGCAUCCGCUUCAUACGAUAUGACCGUGAAGAUUUGGGAUCUAUCACUGUUAUCAUCUACUGAAACAGCGAUUGCAAAAAUCACAUUGACUGGUCAUACUGAUCAAAUAUUUAGUUUAGCAUGGUCACCGUGCGGUCAAUACCUUGCCAGCACAUGCAAGGAUGGUAAACUGCGAAUCUAUAAACCUCGAUCAAGCGAUGUUCCUGUGAAAGAAGGAAAAGGUCCCGUUGGGACAAGAGGAGCAAGAGUUAUAUGGGCGCUUGAAGGCAAAUAUCUUGUUGUAAUGGGUUUUGAUAAAGUUUCCGAGAGACAGAUUUAUGUAUUUAAAGUGGACAAUUUGAAUGCUCCCUUGAAUACUGUUGGAUUGGACGUCUCACCUGCCAUAUUAAUGCCAUAUUAUGAUGAAGACAGUUCCACGCUUUUUUUAACUGGACGUGGUGAUUCCACGAUAUAUGCAUUUGAAGUAACUGAGGAAGCUCCUUAUUGCUGCCCAUUGAGUCAUCACAGAUGCAGUAGUUUGCAUCAAGGCUUGUCAUUCCUUCCAAAAAAUAAAUGUGACGUGGCCAGUGUAGAGUUCGCUUCAGCUUUGAGGUUAACGAAUAAUACAAUAGAGCCUUUAAGCUUUACUGUACCGCGUAUAAAGAGCGAAUUAUUCCAAGAUGAUCUCUUUCCUCCAACUAAAGUUAUCUGGAAACCAACUUUAUCCGCAUCAGAGUGGUUUAAUGGUGGCAAUAAGCAGCCAUCUAGAAUAAGUCUUAAACCACCUGGUAUGGAUAAUUUAACUGAGAAUCAGUCCCAAAAUGCAGUUACACCUCCUCAAAUUGCAAGCAAGCCAUUAUCAACUCCUUUCGGUAUUACUGCACAACCAUUCAAUAGAUUAGGAUGGAAUCCGGAUAUCAAAGCAAAACAAGAAGAGAUCCAGAAAACUAUGAGCCAUUUUGUGGGAGAUGUCAUCCAAUGUUCAUUAGAACAGGAUCACAUGGAAGGUGUCGAGGAACAUGAAUGGGAUGAGUGAAAAUUGAAGACUUGUGGAUAGAUGCAAACUGAUGAAGUAAAUAUCUAAAUGUAGUUGUUCAAGCCGCGUAAAUUAUUUAUAAGUUAGAAUUAUAUAUCGCGCGAAUGGCAAGAGUAUCGCAGUGUUACUGUGUAUAGAGCAAGAGGCAAAUUGUAUCUGAGUGAUAUACUUCCAACAAUUUUCUUUUGUGGAGGAAGUAAGAGAAUAAGUACAGUGUUUUAUAUCAAUUUACAACAAUACUCAUUUUUUGGUAAAUCUAGCUUAAGAUUUUGUAAACGCAUUUUUCAACGCGUAGAAAUAAGAAUUCAGGCCUUGUUAAAUCAUAUUAAUUUAAAGUAAAAAAAAAACUAAACAAAAAGAACAAAGACACAAGAGAUUUUUUAAUGUGGCGAUGUAAUUAAUCCAAUGUUUGAUACAGAAUGCAGUGUUGAUAUGAUAACACUGUUCUUAUAAAAUCGAAAUGCGAUUAUAGCUCUAGUCCCAAAUCAUCUUUUUUUGAUUGCUAAUUUCUCUCACGUACGUAUUUCUAUCUACAAAUAAUUCUAUAAUAUAUCACUGUAGAGAUUAUUAGAUAUAGGGUAUGCUUAAUUAUUGUCAAGAGAAUUGAGAAAUUUGUAUUACGAUUUGACAAUAGUUUCAUCCAUCUAUUUAAUGAAUAUCAGUUUGGGAGUUCAAUGGAUGAAUAUUUCUUCUUAGAGCAAGUAUAUGCUAGUAUAUUUAUUAUGCUUUUCAGUACCAAGUGUGAACAAUAUCAAUUGUGUCAGAGACAAUUAUUGACGAAUAUUUAAUUCAUUAUAUAUCGAAUAUAUAUAUUAGAAUGGACGAUGAAUUUCUAAAAGAAGAUUCGAAACAUGUGCCAUUUGCGAAGCAGUAUUUAGUCUGUCGUUAAUAAGAAAGAGAAAAAAAACAGUAUUACAAUCAAUAUCAUUAGAUCUCUAAAUGUUAACUUAUUCCGUGAUAAAAAUCGACAUUCCUUAUUUAAUUUAUUUUAUUGCCACAUCAGUGCCAGAUUUAUUUUCGUUUUGGCCAGAUACACCAGAUGUCAAUAAUGGUCUCAAUGUAUAUGUCAUAAUAUAAUCUAUCAUCGUAUCUGUGUGAUAAUAGAGCAAAUGACAAUUUUGUCGCAGAAUUGUGAAGCAGAGGUUUUUUACGAUAUUUCGUAUCCUUAUACGCACAUAUAAAAAAAAGACAUUAUACAAAAUAAAUACAGCGCGUAAAUAAGUAAUCGUAAGCCGAUAAUUGAAUUGUAUGGUGAAGUAUACUUCAAUUUAUGCUCUGUCGACAUCGCAUUGAGUAAUCUGCAAGAUCCAAACGAUAUUAAUUAAGAAAAGAAGAUGACUGAUCCUUUUUACAAUGAACUUUUUUAUCAUAAUAUCGAAUAUAAUAAUUAUCAAUUUAUCAAGCGAUAAUCUUAUCAUAUAAAUAUUCAGAUCAGAAUAUUUCAUCUCGUUUUUUUGUGUUUUUACGAAUUAUAAAAAAAUGAUGGUACUAUGAUGAUCCUUUAAAAACAAGUUUUAAUAAUAUAAAAUGCCAAUAUUAUCUUUUUUCUUUGAGAAAUUUAAUAAUAACGAUUAUGUACAUCUUUUUUAUCUCAUUCUUCAUAUCUCGGCACGAAUAUAUUUGAUCAACAUAGUGCCAAAAAUCCAUUAUCGACAGUAUUUUUUGUAUCUUGCACAUUUUAGACCUAUAAGAUGUUCCAAAACGUUACGAAAGUAUUAAAAAAAUUUUCUAUACGUGUCAAAGAUAAAGAGUACGAUGAAACUUGGUUUAUCGCUGCCAUUUAUGUCCUGUAUUACUGACUUUAUAUUGCAUUAUAAAAAAGAAAGAAGGUAUGGCGAUAUAGCAUAUCUUAAUGUAAUUUUUUUUAUUUGAUUAUUUGAUUAUUCAUACAUUACAUUUGAUCGUUCAUAUAUUAUGUAUUGUAUGUAAUUAUAAUUCAAUUUGUAGUUUUCAGCAAGCUCUAUCUGUUUACAGAUUAUGAAUAAUAAAGCGUGAUCUUUUGCAGCACGAGAUUUGAGAUAGAAAUGCAUAACAAAAAAGAAAAUUUAUGAAAUACUGAACAUUUCCUCAUCACUCAAUCUCGUACCCUGUAAAUCAUUGCUAGCUAAAUAAUUUUAUCAUAUAAUGAUGUACCUUUAUAUCUCGAUCUUAUAACGUUCAUGUAUUUCAGCUAUAAAAUCUUUUUA